UACAGCGUUCGCGCCUACGAUGCACAAGUAGCUGUCUUCAGAGUUCAGACGGCCACGAGCUCUCGUCGCGAGUAGACACGUACUGCAUCGUCGCGCUCGCCACUCUGUGCGAACUUCGCAAAUAAUAUACCCAUUUCGGCAGUGAUUACAUUUUGAUAUACAAUGGGCAAUAAAAGCUUUAGAGGAAGGAAGAUAUCCCGUUUGCGGAAAAGAAGGAUCGCCCAAAACAAUCUAUCUCAGAGACGACUUGCUGAAAGAGCAGGUAUUCAACAGGAAACACCAACAGAUUCUCCACAAGUUUACGUCUCUAACGUGUCUAAUGAUAACGAAACUGAUCCCCUAAUGGGAACGAUUAAAAUAGAACCAAUGGAAAGAAGCAUUAACGAGAUUCGUUUGAUGCAACAUUUAGCUCGUUCAACCGACGAAAACCUUAUCAAAACUGAAAAUGCUUCUGAAGAUAUGAAUACAACACAUGAGGCAAUAUUUAAUAUAUCAAGGGCUGAACCGAGUGAUAGUAAUUCUGAGGGCAAUGAAUCGAGUGAAGAUGAAAUUGAUAAAAUCCCUAUAGCAGAACUAAAUUCUUCAAAAGUAAAGAAAAAGACGGGUCCCUUUUCAAAUGGUCCAGUAUUAUACAAUUAUCUGGAUGCUAACAGAGUCCCCAUUGUGUAUACCACCCGAUUAGAACACAUGUCACCCCUACCCGAGCUGAGUGUUCGAAAAUUCUGUAAAGCAGUAGAAAUUAAAAGUAAACCCACUUUUAAAGGAACCGUUAAGAGAAAAACGAGAAUGAAAAUUGAUAAACUUACAGAAAACAUAUAUAUCAAAGAUACAGAAAUUAUCCAUACUAAAGUUACAGUAAACAAUAACAAACAAACUAUAAACAGUGUUUCAAAUAAUGUCAUUUGUAAUGGAAAUAAUGUUGUUAUUGAUGAUGAUGAUGGGGUUGAUGUUAAACAUGAAACACUUGACGUUGAAUUUAUGGAUGUGUCCGAGGAAAUAACAGAUAGUCCACCUGAUAGCCAUCAUAACGAGUUAAUAGUUUCAUCACUCGCAUAUCGAAUCCACCAAGAGCAUAACGAUUUGAUAAAAGCAGUAAGAAAUAGAAUAUUAGACCGCAAUAUUGUUGUAGUAUUUCAUAAUAUUACGAAGAGAAUAGCAGAAUCAUAUAGAAUUAACGAUAAUAGUGAAAUAAUUGAGUAUUAUAAAGUUAUGUUAGAUAAAAAUGAACAAUUGCAGGAAGUAUUGCAUAGAGAAUGCAAUAUUGAUCACGCAGAAGCAUUAUUUGUAAAAAUUUGUUGCUGGUUCUCUAGAAAAUCUAUUGUGAAAACUCUUUGGCCCAUGGUAGAUGGAGAUACUUUGAAGUUCUUGAAACCCAUACAUCACUGUACAUUCGGAAAAUGUGACUGUUGUUGUCGAAAAAACAUAAGUGAUUUAUCUAUUUCGGCGCAAAUAGAUACACCCAAAUGUUUGCUAAAUGACGGUGGUAAGGACUGUGCAGCGAACUAUCUAGAUUCUAUGAGCCCUUUGAUACAAAAAGCUAUGCAUUACAAUGGAAAUAAGUACAACGAUAGGCCUGCCACAUUGGAAUCUGGUAGGCCACCUUGUGAAAUAACACAUAUUGUUAUACAUGUAAUAAAUAAUAAUAGGGAAGGUGUUAAUAUGUUACCUCUAAAAAAGAAAAUGUAUGAAGUCAAUACACAAGGGGAUAUUAUUUCUGAACACAUAAUAAAUACUCAAUCAGAUAAUAUUAUUUCAUCGUCCCCGUCGGUUCUGACUAUAAUAAAUUGCUGCUUACACAUGCACAAGGAACAUGUUAAAAAGUUAUCUGAUUUAAAUGUCUCAAUGCAAAGCAUCAAUUAUUUGAUACGCAAUGGCGGUGGUGAACAUCUACCAAUAAUAUGUGUAAAAUGUGAAGAAGAACAUAAAGCCAAAGAGCUUAAACAAAUCCGUGAAAUUACGUUAAACAUGAUGCGUUUCCUUCCGUUGACUCUUGAACACUCUAGAAAAGGUCUGAAGCACUUAACUAAAGACAAGAGGCAUGUUCACGAAGAUGAGUUUUAUGUUCCACGAAAAAUUCCACAAAAAGUUUAUAUUGAUGAUAAUAGUCAAGAUUCGAAUAAAACCGUCACCCAAGAAAGUGCAGAUUUGACGCUUUGUAAAUCGGAAAAAGAACCAUGUGAAGUGAAUAUAACUUGUGAAAGUGAGGUUAUAACUUCUGAUAAAAGCGAUAAUGAGGAUGUGUUCUCUGACAUAGCAGAAGUUGGUGAUGGAAAUGAUGGUGAAUCUACGCAAUACGAAUCUUCCAGCAUCGUACCAAAUGUUACUACAGCAGAUGAGCAAUCUCUUCUGAGAGAUACGCUUAUGACAUCAAGCCCGACGAUGGUACCUAACGAUAACGAUGCUCCAAUAUUACGGUCGAUUCCACCUGUACAGGACAACGAAAAAUUAAUAACGAUACGUCUUAAAACAUUGCCGAAACUUCUGAACAAUAUGAUCGUGGAGUUAAAUAAAUUUGUGGUCGCAAACCAGAUUACUGAAACUAAGUUAAAUAUGCUGCUUGAUAGUUUAAACGAGAUACAAUUGAGGAUGAAACCAGACGGUUCACUCUCAGCACUGUUUUCGAGUACGCUACCGCCUUUCUCGGAUAUUGAAAUACGAAUCAUACAAAAAAUCCUACAGAAAAUACAACUAUAUGUUAAAAAUUCUAAUUUGUUCGAAGCGUUGAAAUGCCCAAAGGCUGUACCGCAGACCACAUCCAAACCUCCAAAGAAACUGAAAGCACAGCCCUCAAAAUCAUCUGCUAUCAAAAAACCUAAAAUGUUCGAUAAAUACAGUAAUUUUGAACAGUGGUUGCACAAAGAUUGUUUUGAUUACACCAAUGAUUUUCAAUAUUACAAGCAACAGUUCGACUUUCAGAAGGAUGACAACACGCUACCAAAGAUCAGUAACGUAUUUUCUUUGAAUGAAACCAACACAUCACAAUCUGAUUCGUUUACACAAACUGAUAAUGUAGGGAAAUUUGACAAAGGGAAAAAUAAUUCAAAACCAUUAGACUUGGAGGAGGAAAUCUCGUAUUCUUGGAUCUUUAGGCCCUCGCUUUCGGAUUCAGAAAAUAACUCGUCAAAGGUCCAGAACAAUAAAAUCACUAAUGAAAACGAAGAUGAUGUUGAUGAAAAUAGAGAUUCCGAAAAUAAUAGUAUUGAAACUUAUACAAAGAAGAAAGGGGUAGAGAGAAAAUCAGUGGAUUCCAAUUCAUAACAUAGCGUUAAUUCAGUUUUCAUAAUGUGUUGUUAUAAAGUUUCAUGGACGUAAGUAUGUCUGUAUGUUUAUUAAAAUUCCCUAUGAAAAUGAUUCAAUUUAUGUAAACAUCAAAAAUAGAAGUACAAAGUGAAUAAUGUGCUUUGAUUAGCUAAUUUUAUGUCGCGAAAAUAUUUUAAUCUUACUUUUGACUAAUUCACUAGUCAAAAAGACAUACAUUUGUAUUUUAUUGUAUGAGUAUCACAUUCGAAUAACAUUCUUUACAGAAUACAGUAAGAAAAUAUGUACAUACUAUUUUUAUUUAGAACACAAGUUAAAAUUACUAUGAACAAGCAUCUGUAGUACAUAGAAAUACUCAUAUUGAGUAAAAAAUUGUUUAAUUUAUUAAUUUUAAAAUAUUGUUUAAUUUAUCGAAGGUUUUACUGAAAAUGAAAAAUUAUUUAUUUCAGAAAAAAAUAAAUAAUUUUUCAUGUUCAUACUUCAAACGUCUUAUAAUUAAUGAAGACUGGUAGUUAGGUAGUUUUUCUCUUCGGAUACCCGGAGAUUUUUUUUAUCUCAUUAUAAGUCUACAAUACAUCUGAUAAAAGUUUGUAUAUUUGUUAUUAAAAAAAAAAUAUAUCAAAGGCGCUGUGCUAAGUUCCAAAAUAUAUUUGCUUAAAUUUUAAAUAUGUGUAUAUAGAAAUGUACAGAAAUAACCAUAAAAAACAUUCUUACAUUU